UGUGACUUUCGUUGCUUUAAUAAAGGUUGAAAAGGGAUCGAGGCGCCUGUGGACGCCAAAAAAAAAGCGGGGGGAGAAGCAGACAUCAACCCAGAACUGCAUUUUUGCAGCAUCGCGGUUUCUUUUUCUCUAAGAGAGUUUGAAAGGAGGUUGCGGUGGUGUGUGUGGUCUAUCAAGAUCUGAAUUAUUUCGGUCGCAGCGCUUUCAGAGGGAAUUGGGUGAAAAUAAAAAAGGAACUGGAAUAUGGCAGGAUGAGCUGUGCCAUGUUCUUACUUGGCUUUUAGCUUUUAACCCUUUCCAGUACUUGUCAGUGCAAAGCGGCUCCUGGCCAGACCCUGGAUGCAGCAGCCGGAUCGCUGCUGCGGUCUAUUGUGUCAAGGUAGUUUCUAUUUCUGAGAGGGUCGGUAUGAAUUACAGAGCUUUAAGAAUAAGUUGUUGACAAAAGAAUUGGAAUUCCGACAGAUCCAUAAUGAUUGCAACAGAAGCGGUGAAUGGAACAGAAGCAAGACCUAGAGCAUUUUCCGUAUUGUUUUGAUGUUGCUGAAGUCUAUAAGGAGAAGUAUGGCACAUGUUGAAUGACUUUGGGAGCAAGAAAUUAUGCAUCCUGUUGGCUGCAGUAACACUGGCUGCUGUGAGCCAGAGAAGGAGGUGACAUUCGGUGCUGAUGAUGUGAGCAGCGAUGACCAGUUUGAUUUAUGUUCUCCCCAACCGGACAAACUUUAUGGAAACAGCUAUAAGUCGAUCAGCUGCGUAAAACAAGAAUCGUUGGAGGAGCCGAAUUCACAAAUGGGUGUUGGUAGGAAUGCAGAAGCUCAGAAUGACUUGAAAAGAAGGAAAAACAUUUUUCGGGCAGGGAAACGAGGAAGACCAUCAGGUACGACGAAAGCUGCUGGGUACAGAACCAGUACAGGCAGACCUUUGGGAACAACAAAGGCAGCUGGUUUCAAGACCAGCCCAGGCAGACCCUUAGGAACUACCAAGGCAGCGGGAUACCGGGUCAGCCCAGGAAGGCCCCCAGGUACCAUGAAAACACUCUCCCGUAUUUCAGGUCUCGAUUUCCCGCCAUGUAGCAGUGCUGCCUUUAGUUAUUCAAUGGUGCACAGCAAAACAUUAAGUGGACCUGCUGAAACCACAAAUAGAAGCAUGGAACUGAAUCAGUAGAGAUCAGUCAAACAUCUGCCUUGUUUUUCUAUAAUCUGCUUCUUGAUAAAGUAGGGUAACUUUUUAUACGACAUAUUGAUCCGCAAACCCAUAUAAUCAAUUUCCCAGCACACUGUUAAAUAGCAUGGAGGAUGUGUAACGUCAGCCCUGAAAUAAACUGGCCUGUGGACCAUUGUGUAUAACAUUGUAACUAAUGGGCAUAAUGUAUUUUUUCUUUUUAUAGUGGAAUUGUAUGGUAUUACUUGCAGAGAUAAAGCUACAGUUUUUUUGGAAGAACUAUUAUUCAUUAGUGUCCAGUUUUGCACAUGAUUUCCUCUUUCUUCAGUACAUGCUAUCUUAGAUUACUGAGGGCGGGCAGGGUAUUUGUCCCACAGUUUGAUGCAGUUGAAAUUCUAUAUGGGUUUUAUUGAUCUUCAUUUUUGAUCUGUUGUACAUAGAACUGCCAUGGCAACCCCACUAACUUUAUUAUUGGUUAUUGAGUAUUAAUUAUUUAACAUCUCUUCAAAAAAAUGAUUACAGGAAAUAGAGAAAUUGUAACUGUGUGUGUCAACUUAAUAUGUUGUCUCUCAUGCUGCAUUGGAGCUGCUAGGAUAUUUUUGAGUGUAUGUAAACAUUUGUUUUUACGUUUAUUUGAAUUCUUUUAGCUACCUUUUUAUUAUUGCCAUAGGCAAUAUUGAGAAAGGGAUAAGUAUUGGUUAUGCAAGAUGACUUGUCAGGCUGGAGCUCAUUCUGCGAGAAGUGGUCAACUGUUAAACAGACUUAACCAGGAGGCCUCGUAGGUGUGUUACUGAAACUGUGGGAGGUGUGCACAAUGGUACUUCAUGAAAAAUCAGGUUUUAAUUACUGUUCUUGCAGGGUGAUUAUCAAUAUGAUAGAAUUUGUGUGAUGGUUGAUUUUUAAUGCAAAUUAACCUCUACAGAAAUCUUGUAUGCUUUAUUGAAAAUAAAUUUUCCCAUGGUUACAAACCACCAUGAAAUCCCUCACAUUGCUGUUUAAUCAAGUGUUUUGGGAAUACUGAUACAUCCUAUGUUUUUAGUGCUUUUUUAGUGGCUAUUCUGAAGGACUGUAAUAUAGCUAUGGAUCAUACAGAUGUUUAGGUUGGAUGGCAUAUCAGAUUCUCACUUCUUGUUAAUAAACUUGUAGAAUGUUUAGCAUUUGUCAAAGGUGUGUUGGGAAUGGGCAAUUAAUAGAUGAGACAGCCACACUAAAGGAAGAAUGGUUAUGCUUUAUUGCAGGGAAUUGUAUUACAGUUGAAAGAGGAAAAAUACUUGUUCAAAUGGAUCAACCCUGCAUUUCUCAGGAUAUUGAUGCAGAGAAUAAUCUUAGAAAAGAAACUUGCUUUUCAGCAGGCUUAGUAGUAAUGAAGUGGCCUGUAUUCAGAUUCAGUUACCUAAAAGACCUUGUGCCUAACUGAAGCAGAAGAAAGACCAGACAUAGAGACUACUGCGCAACGAAAACUAUAUGUAAAACUAGGAGUUAUGUAACUACUGAAUAACCCAUCAACAGAUAUUCAGUUUAUAAAUAUUCUUUAAUUUUCAUUGAGAGUUUUUAAGAGACUUGUGAAAGCAGAAACUUGGAACGCAUUUGCUUUUAUUCACUGGCCAAGGCACUUCUACUAAAAUUCAUCUUAAAAGAUCAUUGUUUGUGAUUGUAGACCGGAAGGUAGCUUCUGUUAACAUUCUAGUAUAGAGGCCAUAUUUUUGGGGGGGUGGUAUUCACUAAUCUACUGCGCUGCCUUUACCUUUUGUGAUCAACAGUGAUAUUACAACAUUGUGUUAGUCCAUUUCAUUUGGCUGCCUGCAGAUGACAAAUUGCUAGUGGAGAACAUUUAUUGGACAAUCCCAUGAAACAGUGAAACUGCUGUUUUCAAAAUUGUGAUAAUUGCUUAAUCACUCAUUAGAUUUGAACAGAACUGUAGGCAGUUAUUUUGUUCACCAGGGGACUGAACUAUCUUUUCAAAAUGUUGCCUUCUCAUGGGAAAUAGACCAUUUUCCAUCUUCCUUUAGGACUAAAGCAAAUUUCGAAUUUGACGAUCUGUUCAUUAAUAGAAAGUUUGUAUUUUACAUCUUUGGACCUAUUUGAAAACUCUGUUAAUGCUGCAUCAAAUAGACCAAAUCUGUAAACUUAAUCAAGUGCAAACAAAGCCAAAAACCAGAGAUAAACCACAGCUAUUAAUAUCCUCAUUCUAACAAUUUCAGUAGCACAGGUGGCACUGCAGUCAUGGUCAUUGUAUUUUGUAAAAUUAAAAGUCUCAGUUGCAUGGCAUUCUCUAUAAUAAAUGCACUUAAAAAA